AUGACCUCGACUACUCCCAAAACAGCUGCGGAGACUUUCUGGGGCGUUGAUAGGCCUGGUUCCGGCCAAGGCCCAGCCCUGAACGCCCCGGUGGGCGCGUAUAGUGCCCGGGCACCAACCAAGCGCCAUGCCAAGUCAACUGGCGGUGCCCGGGAGAUGAGGAGGGGAUACUUAACAGACGCAAUGUCCCUCUCUUCCAUCACAUCGUUCUACAUUUCUGACACCGUCGCAGCCUCCUGUCUGCGAUAUGCCAAGACGAGCACAGCAACGAUGAUUCACAACAAGAUUACCCUGGCCGCCCUCCUCGUCGGGACCUUGCUAACAGGCACCCGCGCCCGGGAAUGUCUCACGAACGAGACCGUCCCCCUCUACGGCUUUUCGCACUCGCUCACCCUAACGGCCCCCGACCAACUGACCCCACUAGGCGACUGCGAGACCAUCGUCGGCGACAUCAGAAUCCACCCAGAUUUUGCCGGCUCGCUGGUCCUCAACACCGUGACCAACUUCACAGGCAGAAUCCUGGGUAAUCUCGAUGCAGACAAUCAUGGGCUGGAAGCAAUCGAGAUGCGCAACCUGCUGUCCAUAACGGAUAUCAGGCUCUACAGAAUCUGGGGAGUGCGAAGCAUCCAGAUGCCGCGGCUGGAAAGCGUUGCAUGGCAGUUGGACUUGAUCCAGGGAGCUGAAAAUGCCGUGAUGGACUUUGGCGCGUUGAAGACGGUGAAUAUGAUUGAUAUCGCGGGGACUUGGACGAAUGUCUCCUUCCCAGCGCUCGAAACCGUCGGAUCUACCCUCCAUAUCUAUACCGAUCCGUCUAGAGAGAUUGUGAACGACCGGCUUGACGCGGUGGAUAUAGACCUUCCCGUUCUCGAGAGCGUGCGAGAUCUCAGGGUUAUAGGCCAUAUUCAAAGCCUGUCAACUCCUAAGCUCGAGGCCCUAGGGGAACCAGAGGAAGUAGCAUACCCCAAAGAAGUAAAUACCGGAGGACUGCAGGUUGUAGCAAACCAUACCGAUAUGUCCGGGGUACUUCUGCCGUCGCUUCGAGAACUGCAUGGGCGGUUUGCGCUGGACGGUCAUAUGUCAAUCAUUGACUUGUAUGGACUAGAGCAGACCGAUGCCACAAUUACCGUGAAUGCCGCGUCACCGGUGGAGAUCUACUCUGCGCUCGAGGAGGCCGGAGAGAUCGACAUCAGAGGUGAUCUUGCAGUAAUCAACUUCACAAACCUCACCCGCGCCUCCAAACUCGAUAUCAUCCCCGACUCUGACUCCAAGCUCCACUGCCCCGCGAGCCUCAUCCACGCCUACAGAAACAUCAACUACCCCGACGAGCCGUUAUUCUGCAACGCCGAGAGUCUCGCGCUCGCGGGUAAGACGUCAUAUACCUACAACGAGACAUCUGCAACAUCAUCAACCCCAACGCCAUCCUAUACCCCCACGCCAACCCCAUAUUUCUCCCCAACGCCCACUCCCAGCUCAGGUGCAGGCGGAGGGAAGCUGGGUGCCGGCGGCGAAGCAGGAAUCGCAGUGGCAGCCGUUGCAGCCGGAGCCGUUCUAAUUGGCAGUUUUGCAGUGCGGCGGUAUAACAAGAAGCGGGAUACGGGGGAUGAUGCCACUGCUGAGAUUGGUACAGGGGAAUCGGGACCUCGUGCGGCGCCGAAGGUCCAUCGGGGUCAUGCCGCUCAUGGACCUGUAUCUGCGGCUGCACCUCCGGUUGCGACUGGGGAAAGAGCUGAAGUCUUGCCGCGGCACUCGGCGGAUGUGGCGCCCCCUCCGUACUCGAGGUGA